CAGAGCUCCUGAAAGGGAGACAAGCAAGAUGGGAAAAAUAGCAGGAAAAAAGGCUUUUUUUUAAAUAACAUCCCACCAGAACUUCUGCAUGGUAACAAAGAUCAUCUAAAGCAGCUGGGUAUUUGCAAGAGAAGACUUGGACAGCACACAGAUACUUAAUCUCUAAAUCAAGUUCAACGAUGCAUUAGAGGAAGCUGGACUGGCUGUACAGAGAUUUCACACUGAAGGAUGAAUAGUGAAGAAGAGUUUUAUGAUGCCGUUACGGGCUUUGAUUCUGACAAUUCUUCAGGAGACUUUUCAGAAGCAAAUCAUAAAGUUGCAGAAAUGCUUGAUCUAGAUCCACACCAAAGCAAUAGGACUGGAAAGCACAAUGGAGAGACAGAGAUUCAAGAAAAUGGAAUUAAGAGACACAGGACGUCAUUACCCGCCCCAAUGUUUUCUAGAAGUGAUUUUAGUGUGUGGAGCAUAUUAAAAAAAUGCAUUGGACUGGAGCUGUCUAAGAUUACAAUGCCUAUUGUCUUCAACGAGCCAUUGAGUUUCCUUCAACGGAUAACAGAAUAUAUGGAACAUAUAUACCUCAUUAAUAAGGCUUGUAGUCAUGCAGACCCCCUGGAGAGAAUGCAGGCUGUAGCUGCUUUUGCAGUUUCUGCUGUAGCUUCUCAGUGGGAAAGAACUGGCAAACCGUUUAACCCGCUGUUAGGAGAAACUUAUGAAUUAACCAGAGAGGAUUUAGGAUUUAGGUUUAUAUCUGAGCAAGUCAGCCACCACCCGCCUAUUAGUGCAUUUUAUUCUGAAGGCCUCAAUAAGGACUUUAUUUUUCAUGGAUCAAUCUAUCCCAAACUAAAAUUCUGGGGAAAAAGUAUAGAAGCGGAACCUCGGGGAACAAUUACUUUGGAGCUUCUGAAACAUAAUGAAGCUUACACGUGGACAAAUCCAACCUGUUGUGUACAUAAUGUAAUUAUUGGUAAACUGUGGUUAGAACAAUAUGGAACGGUAGAAAUUGUAAAUCACAGUACUGGAGAUAAAUGUGUCCUUAAUUUUAAACCGUGUGGACUGUUUGGGAAGGAGCUUCACAGAGUGGAGGGAUACAUUCAGGACAAAAACAGAAAGAAGUUGUGUGUGAUCUACGGCAAGUGGACAGAAUGCUUAUGGUGCACUGAUCCCACUACGUAUGAGACUUACAAAAAGAGUGAAAAGAGAGGUGGUGAGCAGAAGAAAUUGAAGCCGAGUGAAGAUGUUAUUAAAUCUGAAAAUGAUGAGGCUGAUGAUAUGCCAGAGGUUCAAGACACGGUGCAGUUCAUACCAGGCAGUAAAUUGCUUUGGAGAAUAAAUUGUAGGCCACCAAACUCAUCACAGAUGUACAAUUUCACCAGUUUUGCUGUGAGUCUCAAUGAGCUAGAAAAGGGCAUGGAAGCAAUAUUAGCUCCCACUGACUGUCGGCUACGUCCAGAUAUCAGAAAUAUGGAAAACGGAAACAUGGAUGUGGCUAGCAAAGAAAAAGAGAGACUAGAAGAGAAACAAAGAGCUGCUCGCAAGGAACGUGCGAAAGAUGAAGUGGAAUGGCACACACGAUGGUUUCAUCAAGGCACUAACCCAUACACUGGGACUUCAGAUUGGCUGUACUCAGGUGGCUAUUUUGAUAGAAAUUUCUCAGACUGUCCAGACAUUUACUGAAAUUACAGAACCGAUUGCUCAUCUCAUCUGGACAUCUAGUUACUAGAUUUCAUUCCAAGCCAGUUGCUCUGGUUUUGUCGAUAGCAAAAACCAGCUUUUCUAAGUAAAUUUUAACAAAAAUUCUAUCAGUCAACAAUCAAGGAUUUCAUUAUCACUAAUGUUGGAUUGCCAAAUAUUUAAAUACUGUUGCAUUCUUUCCAUAAAGCUGCACCUGAAAUCAUCAUAUUUUCACUAAUUUUCAAAGGGACCUUUGGUUCUUCAUUUUUUUCCCCCUAGUUUCUUUGUCAGGAAGAUAUGCUGUAUCCGGUAGAGCACAUAACAUCCUUGAAAACUACGUAACUUAAAUAAAAUAGAGAUAAUAUCCUUGUUACUUAGUACAAUAGUGAAGAAUCUGAAGUUUUUGGAACUCUGAGCAGGGAUGAAAAGCUAACGUGGUACCAAGAGGAUCCAAUCUAGUCCUGGCGAUGCUCCCCGGGCAGAGAUGCAUGUGAACUCCAUGGUAUGUAGCACUACGUGGGGACUGGAGCUCCGGGCCCCCCCUCUCUCAAUGCGAUUCAAUAAUCGAGAGACUCGGGGGAAACAAACCCCAACCUGAGCUCCUCAGACUGUAGGUGUCUGUUACAGAGUCUUCACACCUUUUGGACACUGUGAGCAUUAAAUGUAUACAUAAAGCGUACGUUAGAAGGGAAGGGUGCAUUAAAAAAAAUGUGCUUUUUCUGAAGUCAAACGCUGUUGCUAAAACCUGAGAAGUUUCAGAAGCAAUUGCAGGAACGUAGAGGUGGUUACAAUGUAAAAUAUAUUGCUUGCUACCACUUGGAGGCUUCAAUCUUCUGCACUACCUUUGGCAGCUUUGGCACUAUGUAUGCUUCUAGACUGAACUUUUCUUUGGAAGCACUUUGGUAUGUAUAUCCACACGAGUUCAUAUUUUGGGGAGGUUUUGGUUUGCAUGUCUUUCAUUAUUAGGUCAUGUCUGGUUUGUACGUUGUGAAAAAGCAGAAUCAAUUUAAAGCUUUGGCAGAGUUACACCUAUUACAAGUUUUCUGUGAGCACGUGAUGUCAAAAAGUGGGAUUUUUUUUUUGUUGUUCCUUAUCAAACUGUCAAAGCCAUAUAAUACUGAAAAUAAUCAAUUACUGAAUUGAUGCAUUCAUUUUUCUUUCAAGUGGUACACUUCGGGGGGGUAAGGGGGGAGAAAGGCUUGAAAAAUUAGGUCCAGUAAUUAAUCCUAAUGUUGCUUUUUCUUUUAUGAAAGCUUUUAAUUGAGUAGCCAGGCAAAAAUGGAGAGCAGCUGCACUGCUAUGAAGUUUACAGGAAUUCAGAAGUUGCUGGUGUUAAACCACCAGCAGCUUGAGGAGCUGAUGGAAGAACUGGUCUCAUUGAUGUCCAAAAACAUCUGUGGUUUCAUCCAGAGAGUACAUUUGUGAAGUGCAUCUCUCCCAGCCACAGGAUGAAAAAGCAAAAGAAAAUUAACAUACUGCUGGAGAAACAUUUUUGUAUCAAAUGAUGCAUCUGAUGAUUGGAUGAACUUUAAAUUUUGGGGAAAUUUAGUUGUAGUCUUCAGUGGAAAAAUAAGAAGCUGUAAAACUUUAAGGCAGUAA